UCCUUAUCUGUAACAACCCACGAUGAAUAUAUCGGAAAGAUAUUCAAAAGCGCGACAUUAGGCGCGUGUUUGUUAUCCUCUUACCCGCCUUCCAUUCCCUAUCAACAUCACACCAAAGUCUCAAGUUUAUGCUACUCUCUCUAAAAGAAAGGCCCCAAAAAGAAGGAAUAUACUACAAAGCAAAGUAGCGAACAAGAAAAACUUCGAAUCUCAAUAGCCUAUCCCCUUAUCUCUACGCUUAGUAUCUUUCAAAAACCCUAAAUCCUAUAUCCCGAUCACAGAAUCAGAUGAAUUUAUUUGAUUGAGAAAUUGAAGAAGGUGUUGCUGUAAAAGUUCAAUUUGAUUUGGACAUUAUACAAUGUCUGCGAUGGUUUACGGCAAGAGAUCAUUCUUCGAUGAUUUACAAUCGCCGUCGCCGACUUCACCAUCGACGCCUGUUUCAAAGAAGCUCCGGUGUUCCUCCACCUCUCCGAGAAGAUUCUCGCCGCCGCCGCCAGCGGCAGUUUCCAUUGAUCAUCUGAGAGCUUUGUUUCCCGAUGUAGAUUGUCAGUUUCUUGAGAAAGCCUUGGAGGAAUGUGGCAAUGAUUUGGAUGUUGCUAUUAAGAGACUGCAUGAACUUCAUCUUAGUCAUGCACAUGGAAAGUCAGUUUCUGCCUCAGAAGCUGAUGGAGAGAUGGACGGUGAAUUUGCAGGUAUAGUGAACACUGCUUUUGUCAUAAAUAAUCCUCCAGCUGAUGGCACAGAAUGGGUGGAGUUGUUUGUGAGGGAAAUGAUGAGUGCUACAAGCACAGAUGAUGCCAGGGCUCGUGCAACAAUAGUGUUGGAGAGCUUAGAGAAAUCCAUUAGUGCUAGUGCAAGUGCAGAAGCAGCUCAAAAUUUUCAGAAGGAAAAUAUGAUGCUGAAGGAGCAAAUAGAACUGAUUCUUCGAGACAAUAUCAUUCUGAAACGUUUAGUGGCCAUCCAACAUGAACGACAAAAGGAGCACAAUGAUGAUAGGACCCAGGAAGUGCAGCAGCUGAAGCAGUUGAUUGCUCAAUAUCAAGAGCAAUUGAGAACUCUCGAGGUCAACAAUUAUUCUUUGAAAAUGCAUUUGCAGCAGGCUCAGCAAUGCAACUCUAUCCCUGGACACUUUCAUCCAGAUGUCUUCUGAUAUUGAAAUCUGUUCAAAUAAGGAGAUUGAACCUAGAAAGAGAUUAAGCUGGUUGGCGUUAUGCGAGUGGUGGUAUAGGAUGUUCAAGUUAAUUUGUAUCAUAUCUGUUGGUCUCUGAAUUAUAGGUUAUGUUGAGUUGAGCCCACUGGCGUUGAUAUUCUAACAAAGUAUCAUGGGGCAUUGAUAGUAUGGCCUAAAAAGGAGUUGUGUAUCAAAGCUGUUUUUCAAUUCAGAUGCGUCACCUUUUUCCUGUGCAAAAUCAAUCAGUUCAUAUUUUACGCAUAAUAUAAGAUACAUUACUAUGACUGUAAUGUUCAACUAAAUUUCGGACUGCUUUCUUGGUGUGAACCAUCCCGUGCUAAGGAGUCGUGAAACCUUGCCGACAUUUGCAUUGCACUCAGAUUUUUACCUUUCUCCUGAAAAGAAGAGACCAGACUCGCAACGUAAAAUGAUGGAACAACGUUACAUUUAAAAUAGCAAUUAGACUGCAAUUAUAAAUGGGCCAAGUAAUGAUGGGCUUCUUUAUUCCCUAUUGUGAGCCUCCAAAAAAAUUGAUCUAGUUUUGGUGGGGUGCGCCAGGCCCGUGCAGUAGUGCAACGCAUGGGCGACGCUUGAGAGCCCAGGUAGCAAGCUACCUUGAUGGACUCUCCCCCUUGAAAAAUUGAGUUAAUAUCGUGUGGACCAAUGGCCCACAUAUCAGAUAUUAAACUGAUAAGAACAGAUACUACACUUGAUCUUAGCCAAAAG